CUCACACAGGGAACUGAGUCUUGUCUUGGGUGCCAGUAAAGUGAUAUUAGAGCAAGAAGUGCAGCUUAGGAGGCAAAACAAAGGUAAUAAUGGACCGGAAACAUACAUAGAUAAGCCAAAUGCUGCUGAAAAUUCACAUCCAUCCAUCUUUCCACCACUUCUCACCCAGGCACACAGGGUUAACCAGUGAUACUCUUGCAACGUGACUUAUAAAGACAGACAGUCCAUCCAAUGACAUGCAAAGGCUUGUACAUGGAAUUUUAGGCACUGGAAUUUGUAGGCUGCUAUUGCUCUGCAUGGAUCUGCAUCUGUAAGUUAACAUUGCAAAAAACAGGACUUUAGCGUGUGGUCACUUUGUGCCUGUUUGGUGGUUUUAUAUCUGCCAGGAGUGAGAAACAUUGUGAUUUUCAGUAUCAGCAGUAGAUGUGGAUUGCUUCUCUACCUAGAUCCCUCUAGACAUAUUGCAGCAUUUCUGGAAGACACCAUGUCUCAUUCUGACUCUGAGGACUCGGAUUCUCCUAAACGUGGAUUCUCCCUGGAAGUGCAUGACAAGGACACACUUGCUGCCUUUAGUAAGGGAGAUAAGGAUGGAAAGAGAGAGAAGAAACCCCCAAUGGACUCGUCAAUCCAGAAAGAAAGUGACAAUUUUCGUCCUACCAUUGGAUUCUCUUUAGAUUUUUUACCUGCAGUACAGGGCAACGGAGCCAAAAUCCCUGACUGUGACCCCAAAGAUGUCUACACAAGAGACAGAAUAUUCAAUGCUGUUGCUAAAGGUGAUGUUGAGGACCUGGCUGGACUACAAAACUAUUUGCGCAAUGGAAAGCUUCUAACUAACACUGAAUUUAAAGAUCCUGACACGGGGAAAACAUGUUUAUUAAAGGCCAUGUGGAACUUAGAGAAUGGAAUGAAUAAAACUAUCCCAGUAUUGUUGGAUGCUGCCAGGAAGACCGGCAAUCUGAAAGAGUUGGUUAAUGCUGCCUACACUAAUGAUUAUUAUCGUGGACAAACUGCACUUCAUAUUGCCAUAGAGAAGAGAAAUUUCGAUCUAGUGAAGCUUCUGAUGGAAAACAAAGCUGACGUAGAUGCAAAAGCCAAUGGGGUGUUUUUCCAGAAGAAAAGAAAAGGAGUUAGUUUCUACUUUGGAGAACUCCCUCUAUCUCUUGCUGCUUGUACUAACCAGACAAAUAUUGUUAACUAUCUUCUUAAUAACCCAUAUCGGAAUGCUGAAUUGAAAACCCCGGACAGUCAUGGGAACACAGUUUUACAUGCUCUGGUCGUAGUGGCUGAUGACACAGAGGAGAAUACUGAGAUCAUCACUAAAAUGUAUGAUGAUAUUUUGAAGAAAUCAGUGAAGAUCAAUCCACAGCUGAAACUGGAGGAGAUCGCUAACCAUGAAGGCCUAACUCCUUUGAAACUGGCAGCAAAAACUGGAAAAACUGAGUUGUUUAAACACAUCCUUCGGAGGGAAAUGACAGAACCGGAGUUCAGACAUCUAUCUCGGAAGUUUACGGAAUGGACAUAUGGCCCAGUGCACACUUCCCUGUAUGACAUGUCAUCUGUGGACACAUAUGAACAUGAUUCAGUACUGGAAACGAUUGUAUUCAGGAGUAGUGCCUGUAAUCGGCAUAACAUGGUAGUGCUGGAACCCAUAAACCAUUUGCUGCAGGAGAAGUGGGACUCCUUUGCUGGGAAGAUUUUCUAUCUGAAGUUCCUGCUGUAUAUUGUCUAUCUGAUUAUAUUCACAGUGACAGCAUAUAACAGGCCACUGACAGGGCAGCCUCCAUACCCAUUAGAAGGGACAACCAAAGACAAUGCCCGUGUGCUUGGAGAAGUCAUCGUCAUACUUGGGGGAAUUUAUAUCUUACUAUGUCAGGUAGUGUACUUUUGGAAGAGGCGUCCUUCUCUACAAAUUCUAAUGAUAGAUGGCUACUUUGAAGUCCUUUUCCUGCUUCAUGCAGUCAUCCUGCUGUGCAGUUUUGUCGUCUACUUUGCAGGAAGUGAAACCUAUGUGGCUUUAAUGGUGUUUGCAUUGGUGAUUGGCUGGGUGAAUACGUUAUACUACACCCGUGGUUUCCAGCAGACCGGAAUUUACAGUGUGAUGAUUCAGAAGACUAUAUUACGUGACAUGCUUCGCUUCCUGUUUGUCUACCUGGUGUUCCUCUUCGGCUUUGCAGCAGCAUUAGUAACACUUGUCGGAGAAGCACCUGUGGAGCCUGGUAACAGCACUGAGGCUGGGAAAAGUGAAGCUGGAAGCUCCUAUUCUGGUCUCUACGUCACCAUUUUGGAGCUGUUCAAGUUUACUAUUGGGAUGGGCGACCUAGAGUUCAACGAGAACCUUAAAUUCAAGCACUUCUUCAUGUUCCUGCUCAUCCUAUAUGUUGUACUCACCUACAUUCUUCUCCUAAACAUGCUGAUCGCCUUGAUGAGUGAAACGGUCAACAAGAUCUCUAGCGAGAGUAAGAGCAUAUGGAAGCUCCAGAGAGCAGCUACAAUCCUGGAUAUUGAGAGGUUUCUGCCAAGGCUCCUAAGGAAGCGAUGGAGAUCCUGCCACCUGCUCACUGUGGGAACAACCCCUGAUGGAAAACCAGAUGAAAGAUGGUGUUUUAGGGUGGAGGAAAUGAUGUGGGGAUCAUUUGGAAAGAAUCUUUCUAACCUUAAUGAGGAACCUGGUGACAAAGAAAAAGUAAAACUUACCUCCUCUAAACAUCCCAAAGGGUGGAGUCAGUGGGUUACCCGAGCUCAGGAGAAGGCAAAAGAAGAGGAGCAAGCGCCCCUAAAUUCUGUGUCUACAAGUCCAACGGAUGUGGAGAAAGUGUAAAAUGAGCCACCAUUUUGCCCAGGCAUAACUGACUAGACCAUUGCUUCCCAACCUUGAUCCUCAUGGCACACUAAUGGACCAGGUUUCAGUGAGAGCUAUACUUGAGCCCAUGUGACUUAAUCAGUACCUCAGUUAUUUUGAUUUUACCAUCCAUGCUUAACUAUGGAUAUCCUUAAAACCUGGAAUGAAAGUGUUCCUUAAGGACCGAGGCUGGGAAACAUUGGACGAAACAUCUCAUUGACACAUCAUCAGCACUGCUUCAGAACUCAUCUCCAGUAGAGGCAUAUAGAACAUUUUAUUUUUGCUAUAAUAUGGAAAAGAAAUCUGAUUGUAGCAAUAUUUUAACAUUUAAAAUACCAUUUGCUGCCAAUAUCCUCUUUACAAUAUGAUUGUGUAUUUUACUCAAACUAUUUCUGCCGGUGUUGAAAAUGUGGAUUAUGGGGGUCAUCUCCACUGCCAAAAACUGAUAUCAUUAGUGCAAUAUUUCACGGAGAAGGAGUAUUGAUAUAAAGAAUGACAUCAUGGUCAAUUGUAAUUUGCUGGUUUAGAGUAGAGAUGAGCGCCUGAAAUUUUUCGGGUUUUGUGUUUUGGUUUUGGGUUCGGUUCCGCGGCCGUGUUUUGGGUUCGAACGCGUUUUGGCAAAACCUCACCGAAUUUUUUUUGU